AUGUCGGAUGGUAGACAGCGACUUUCAGGUGCAGAAUAUAGGAAAAGAAAACGUGAAAAAGAAGCUGUAAUUAAAAAACAGUCUAAUUCUAUCAAAAAAUUUUUAACGGGUUCUUCCUCUUCAUUAAAUAUUUCAAAUGCUGUAGUUGUACAACCUAGUGAAGUUGUUGACUCUUUCUCAGUUAUAGAUGCCACUGUACCUUCUGAAACUACAGUAGCCAAAAGUUCAACAGAAAAUGUUAUCAGUACAGACCCUGCGGAAUGGCCUUUAAUUAUUAAUAACGACUUUAAAACAUUGUUGGUUGAAAAAGGCCCUCCUGCUCCGUUAAAUGCAAAUUUUGUAUUUCCUUCAGAUGAUCAAGGACGAAAAUUCACACAAUUUCAUUACAAACGAAGUAUGAGUAAUGGAGAAAAUGUCACAAGAACAUGGCUUGUAUACUCUAUUUCCAAUGACGUAAUAUUUUGUUUUUGCUGUAAACUAUUUGAUAAUUCAAACUCUAAGUUGGCUUUAGAAGGGUAUAAUGACUGGAGGCAUUGUACACAAAUGUUAAAAGGACAUGAAACAUCAAAAAAUCAUUUGACCGCAUAUAGUACAUGGUUAGAAUUGUCAUUGAGGUUAAAAAAAACAAAAACAAUUGAUGACGUAAACCAACGUAUUUUAGAAUCUGAGUGUAGGCAUUGGAAUGAAGUUUUACAACGUAUCAUGUCGGUAGUACAAUUUCUCGGUCAUCAAAAUUUAGCUUUUCGUGGAUCAUCUGAUCAGUUAUUCAAACAUAAUAAUGGAAAUUUUUUAAAAUUAAUUGAACUUAUGGCUAAGUAUGAUUCUGUGAUGGCUGAACAUGUAAGAAGAAUAAUUAAUAGUAAAAAAAUAUAA